GUUGGGUCGUUAAAUAUAUCGUGCUUAAGUCUGAGAAAGAAAAGAAAGGAAAAAAAAAGAAGAAGAAGAAGAAGAAGAAAAAGAAAGAAAAACAAAUCUUAGAAGAAACGUAUCGCGAGUGUGCCCAGAAUCAUCAUCGUUCGUCGUUUGUUCGAACGACAAUGUCGUUUUGAAAAUUUCGUCAUCGAUCCUCUUCUGUAUCACGUUUCAACAACGACGUGUAAAAUUUUCGAUCAAAUUUCGUAUCUUUAUUUUUCUCUCUGUCUCUCUCUCUCUCUCUCUCUCUCUCAUAGUUUCUUUCUAUCUAUGGCCAUGAAGAAUACGACACAAAGGAUAAAAAAUGACGGUCUUAUGAAAGUGACCACAAGUUCUGCGCGUGUGCGUGUGCGUGGCUUGUCGUGCAUAUGGCGUGUUUCUUCGAUACGAUGUAUCUGUGAUAACGCUCGUCGAUUUUCAAGGAAUCACUCGAAACGUUUGAAAUCUAUGAUGAAUCGGUGUUUCCCCUCGUUCGAGCUCACCUGAAGAAGAGAAUUUUCCAAUACCUUGCGAACUUCGAUUCGAGAAAGAACUAAAGCUACGACGAUAUCAAUAUUUUUUUGAUAUUCCGACAUAUAUAUCGAUAGGAGGAAGUUCAUCGAAUCGGCUCAUCGACCGACGAUUUGGAAGUUUCUACUCUGAGGAACGACAAUUUUUUCAUCACACGAGAGACAGAAAGAGAGAGAGAGAGAGAGAAAGAGAGAGAGAAAGAUUUACAAAAUAGAAAAUGAAUUUUGAAAACGAACACCUGUUGAUAACGAGAACGAAGAGAAUCGAUAAUAAUAGGAUCGAGGAAGAUCUUCAAAUCAUAGCACUUCGUAGAAAAUUAAAAUAUUUGACAAACUGGACACAGCGUUUCGUUGAUAGGCUUCCUGUUCGAAUGACCUUGAGCAAUUUGGGGAUACUGGCAGUUUUUCUUGCCAUUGUUUUACCGAAAUCGUUAACUUAUAUACUUUUGUAUCCAAUUUUCAGAUUAGUCUUUGGUACUUUAUAUCCGGCUUAUGCCUCCUACAAAGCUGUACGAACGCAAAAUGUCAAGGAAUAUGUCAAAUGGAUGAUGUACUGGAUCGUAUUCGCUCUUUUCACUUGCGCUGAGACAUUCACGGACGUCUUCUUCAGCUUUUGGUUCCCGUUUUAUUAUGAGAUCAAGAUUAUUUUGGUGCUCUGGCUAUUGAGUCCUGCAACUAAGGGCUCGAGUAUAUUAUAUCGACGUUUCGUUCAUCCUGCAUUGACCCGUCGCGAAGCUGAAAUCGACGAAGCUCUUGCACGUGCUACAGAACAGGGAUACAAAGCUGUCCUGCAUCUUGGCACCAGAGGUGUAAACUAUGCAACUACUGUGCUUAUGCAAACCGCUAUCAAGGGGGGCGGUGGAUUGGUUCAACAAUUGAGGAAGAGCUAUAGUUUAAGCGAUUUGACUGGUGGAAAGGAUGUCGAAAAUAGAAGCUUGCCUGAAUCGCGAGACGAGACUGACAUGGAAGUAGAACCUCGUCUAAGAGAGCAUGUAGGAAGAAGAGGAUACAGUCCACGAAGGACACAAUCCAGCACCAAUAGAGUAGAAAUGUAUUUUUCUGAAGUAGACGUCGAUAUGAUUCAACCAAGGCCUAGAGAACCAAUAACUAGUUUAACUAAUAUCAGAUCCUCCGACGAUAUAUCCAGCGGAUACAGUAGUGGUGAAGCCUUGCAAUCACAUCGAGCAACAUCCCAAGGUGACACUUUAGUUAGAACAUCGAGUGUAGGAGCCAGGACACGCGUGAAGCCUCGCUCGACAACAAAAAAAACACCUGAGGACACUGGAGAGGAAUCCGAGUACGACGACCUUCUUCCAUCGCCAUUAACCUUCCUAACUCCUGAUCAAGUUCAUCAACUUUUAUUAUUCCUGACUCCGAAAGAUGAUCUUCAGAAGAUGAAUAACGAGUUUUGCCACUCUACCACGCAGCAAGAAGACCAACAAGAAGAAAGUAGCAUGAAAUUUACCAGCUGCUGACCGCAUAAAGGAAUAGAUGAUUGAAAAAAAGAAAAAGAAGAAGAAGAAGAUCAGAAAAAAAGAAAGCAUGAAAACAACAAAAAGAUAAAAAAAGAAAAAAAUAAAAAAGAAAAAGGAAAAAUCUCUUACAAAAAAUUGUAAUCCAUUUUAAACGUAUUCGAAUAUAUUCACUUUGCAUGACGUACGUGCAUGCAUGCAUGCAACGAAUGCAAUGGUCAGCAGCAAAAUAUUGAUAAAGCGAGUUAGACACCUUGUAUAACUUGUCAAUGAUGGUGUCUUUAGUAUAAUUAGUGCUACUUCGAAUGCCAUAUUUCUUUUCUUCCUUUUUUCUCCUUUUUUUUUCCUUUUCUAUCUUUUUUAUUUUAUGAGCACUGAACCGUUACUCACGUUUUUUUUUUUUUUUUGAAAGAACGUUAUUGGAUAAGCAUGACUACUUUCUUGCUUAAAUAAUGAAUGGAAGAAAAAUAUUAGUAGCAAAGGAAUGGCUUAAUGAUGACGGAUCAUGAUGACAUCGUUGCUCACGGUCAUCCAAAAAAAAAAUUAAUAAUAAUAAUAAUAAUAAUAAUAACUCUUGGUAUACUUUAAAGAAAUUUCAUUCUAUGCGAAUUGUAGGCAUAUAAAUCGUUGUUGACAAUUUGCUUACAAUUCAAUAUGCAAUGAUGAUACUUUUAAUGAACUGUGCUUUUGACGAACGUAAUACACUUCUCUUGUCGUUGUACUUAACAAAAAAAAAAGAGAGAGAAAGAGAGAGAGAAAAGAAAAAGACACGUAAAACUCAAAAGGAAAUAAAAAGAAAAAAAAUGAAAAAAAAUGAUUGAGAAGGAUAAAAGAAAAAAAUAGAAAAAAAAGGACAAAAAGAAGAGAAAGACUAAGACAACGUUCGUCGUGUUCCUAGCAUACCUCUCUAUUAUUAAUAAUUAGCAACUCUCUAAGCUACAGUACUUGCUCUGUUUGACGGCAUACAUAUGUAAUAAUAUUACAGCUUUAAGAAUAUUUAAGUUUGUUUAAUAUCAUGAUCGAAUAAUCGUAAAAGAAAAUAGUGGACGAAUUAUAUACGAUUUUGAAAUAUCAUCAAAAAAAACAUAGACAGACUGACAUAAUCUCGUAGCCGAUGUUAGUUAAAUGAUUCUAGUCAAAAGGAGAUAAUUGAUAUUCAGAUAUGAACGAGAGAGAGAGAGAGAGAGAGAGAGAGAGAGAGAGAGAGAGACACAUAUAUACAUUGAAAUCGUGCCACUUUGAUUACUUUGAUAAUUAAUUAUUUUAGUAACGAGACAUUAUUCGUAUUAUUAUUAAGCAUCGUGUUUGUAACUCGGUAAACAACGUCGACGAAAUACGCACAAGUGCUAUAAGAACUAGUUCGAACAAUAAAGAAAAAAUAAGAAAGAAAAAGAAAACGAGAAAGGAAAAAAAAAGUUAAGAAAGAAAGAAAGAAAGAAAGAAAUCGAAAAAAGAGAAGAAUAUAAAAAUUAAUCCUCUAUAAAGCCAUAUAAAUUACUAUUACACAAUCAUUUCUGUCUGUAUUUUUGAAAAAUUUCAUUGAUAUUUUUGCAAGAAACUUGGUUGUUACUUGAUAUUAAAAAUUUUUCAUUGUUCUUAUUAAAUAUAAGUUAUGGUGCUUAGUAUAGUAUAAUUAUAUUAGUAUAUUACUAGUACUACUUAAAGUAAUAUACUUAUACAAUUAGAUUACUACUUAUAUAUGCUAAUUAUAUGUAUUACUUAUACCAGUAUAUUGUUAAUUACAUUGGUAUAAGUAAUACUAACUAGUAUACUAAUAAAAGUAAUAAUAUAUAAUAAGUAUAUAUACUGGUAGUAAUACUAGUUUAAAAACAAAAUAUAUUAACACUUGUACUUAGUAUAUUUAUACUAUACUACUAUACUGAUAUAAUAAAAAACAUUAUAAUAUAUAUAAUAUAUUACAAUAUGAAUGAAGUAUAGAAUCCUGUAAUUUAUUUUAAAAAUUAAGUUUCCUUUCGUUUUACAAACAUAAGUAUAGUACUAGAAGAUAGCCCAUCGUGAUUUACUUAUAAUAGUAUAAGUACUAUACUAGUAUCUUUAAACUAAUAAUUAAUAUUUAUAUUAGUACUUUGCUAAAAAAUCAUAUUAUGUAAUUAUCAUAUAUUUAUAUAACUUUUGUCUAAAUUUAAAAAUAAAUUGAUUUAUGGAGGAUUAAUUAACGUUAACGAAUUCAUAAAUGUAGUUUAUUCGCAUAUACUUGCUACGUUUGUGUGAUAAUAAAAUCAUGUCGCGUAACCGUACGAGAAUAUUAUAUAAUAUUUUCCUUUUCUUUUGCCGCGAAAUUUAAAUAUCUAGAUGUUAAUCAAUCGGAUUUGUUAUUCUAACUAUAUAUAUACAUAUAUAUAUAUAUAUAUGUAUAAUAUUAUUAAAAUAAUAUUAUCAUUAUUAUUUUAGAAUAUUAUUUGUAAUCGUCAGAAUAAAAAAAGAAUAUAUAUGUAUAUAUAUGUAUAUAUAUAUUAUAUAACUCUAUAUAUAUAUACAUAUUUACAUAUAUAUAAUAUAUAUAUAUAUAUAAUUGUUGUUUUUAUCGAGCAUAUUUAUAUUCAGUCAAAUUUGUGCUUAAUCAAUGCAAGUAGUCAUUGUGUGAUGGAAAGAGCAAAUGCAGUAAAUGUGAUUGGUUCGUUUUUAGCUCCACAUUUAAAACACGUAUUUGUGAUACAAAGUUUUAUGAAGAUGAUAGAGAAUGUUAAUAAGUAGAUUAAAGUCUUACUUUCAUUCAUAAAUUCGAGUUUCUUAUCUCCUUUUUUCUUUUUCUUUUUCCUUUUCUUAUUUCUAUAAUAUUGGACGCCAUAUUGGAACGCUAGCAUUUUCUGCAUUUCUUUCGUUCCAGUAUUAUUCUUCGUUCCAGUAUAUUAUAUAUAUAUAUAUAUAUAUAUAUAUAUAUAAUAUAAAUAUAUCGUGUUAUAUAUUCCCCGUGUAGCUAUUCCUAUCUUUAUAAAAUACGUGUGAUAAAAAAAAACUGACGCUAGUUCGUCGGCGCUCUACUUAUGCGAGAGAAAGAGAGAGAGAGAAAGAGAGAUUCUAUACGCACGUGUACGUGAAUAUGUAUGAAUGUGAACAAGAAUUUUCAACGUUUCGACGUCGUCCGUUCAAAGAUUAUUAUAGUAUAAUUUAUACUCACUAAUUUACGAAAAUUUGAACGUACGAAUCGUGCGUUUGCAAGUUACUAUGGUGCUGCAAGCUUUACGAUCGAUUAUUUUAUAUUCGUUUAUUAGCUAAUCAUAAUUAAUUCAAUGGAGGAUCUGAAUACACAGCGGCAACUAUGGUGAACAAUUUCUCUUAGGGAUGAUGGUUUUUCGGUUUUAACGUAUUUGUAGCGAAUAAAGAUCACGUAAAGAAAUAA